CACUUCUUGCGGGCGCAGCGAAAACUCAAACUUUCUAUACCAACUCUAGAAGAAGAAGACUGAAGAAGAAGCAGCAGCAGAAGAAGUUGAAGGAGAGUAUAAGCAUAGCCGACUCGAUGCACCUGCUAAAUGCCGUCAUGGCGACUCGGAUGCUGACUCGGAACUUCGAAUCGGAGGUCGGCGAUAGCGGCAUAUCGUUCGGAUCGGUCUGGUGGUUCGUGUACGCUGGGAUAUCGUGCUUCCUGGUCCUCUUCGCAGGGAUCAUGUCCGGCCUUACCCUUGGCCUCAUGUCCCUCAGCCUUGUGGACCUCGAGAUCCUCCAGCGUAGUGGCACAUCCAUCGAGAAAAAGCAAGCAGCUGCUAUACUUCCAGUGGUGCAGAAGCAGCACCAGCUUCUCGUGACUUUGCUUUUAUGUAAUGCCGUUGCCAUGGAGGCCCUUCCUAUUUAUCUGGAUAAACUCUUCAAUCAGUACAUCGCAAUUGUCCUCUCUGUAACUUUUGUUCUGGCUUUUGGGGAGGUUAUUCCACAGGCAAUAUGCACAAGAUAUGGACUUGCUGUAGGGGCCAAUUUUGUAUGGCUUGUGAGAUUUUUAAUGAUAAUUUGCUAUCCAAUAGCUUAUCCUAUUGGAAAGGUUCUGGACUGGGUACUGGGACAUAAUGAAGCAUUAUUUAGACGGGCUCAGCUAAAAGCUCUUGUCUCCAUCCACGGAAAGGAGGCUGGGAAGGGAGGUGAACUUACACAUGAUGAGACAACCAUUAUUAGUGGAGCGUUAGAUUUGACCGAAAAGACUGCUGAAGAGGCUAUGACACCAAUUGAAUCAACCUUUUCUUUAGAUGUCAACUCAAAGUUGGACUGGGAAGCAAUGGGAAAAAUUCUUGCGCGGGGUCACAGUCGAGUUCCUAUCUACUCUGGGAAUCCCAAGAAUAUAAUUGGACUUCUUCUGGUAAAAAGUCUACUCACUGUACGACCUGAAACAGAGACCCCUGUCAGUGCUGUUUCCAUCCGCAGAAUUCCACGGGUUCCUGCAGAUAUGCCUCUAUAUGAUAUAUUGAAUGAGUUUCAAAAAGGUAGCAGUCAUAUGGCAGCUGUGGUGAAGGCUAAGGGGAAAGGCAAGAUUCUUCCUCCAACUCUUGAUGGAGAAGAACCCGAAGAGAACAAAGGCACUGAUGAUAACUCUCAAUUGACUACUCCUUUGCUAUCAAAACAGGAUGAAAAGUCAGAUACUGUUGUUGUCGUUGACAUUGACAUGCCUCCAAGGCCUAUCAAUAUGAUUAGGCCACCUUCUUUACAACGUAAUGAUGCGGCAAGAAAUGGUUUGUCUCAUUUGUCAGAGGAUAUUGAAGAUGGUGAAGUCAUUGGCAUCAUCACUCUGGAAGAUGUAUUUGAAGAACUACUGCAGGAAGAGAUUGUGGAUGAGACAGAUGAAUAUGUUGAUGUGCACAAUAGAAUCCGUGUGGCUGCAGCUGCUGCUGCUUCAUCAGUGGCACGAGCUCCAUCAAUUCGGAGGCUAACGGGGCAUAAGGGAGCGGGAGGCCAAGGCAAGCAAGGGCAAACCCCAAAGAAAGAAAGCAACUGAAGAUGUUUUAAUUUCCAUGAGGUCAAAGGGGACUUCUGAAGAACCUCUACUUGACAUCAAUAAAUGAAUGUAUACUCCAGUCAAGUCGUUCGACUCAUUAAGUGGUAAUUAUUUCCAUACAGAAAAGGAAAAGGCAGUGGUGCUGCUUGUGUGGAGGGAGAAAGAACAAAUAUGCCCAUGUAAUAUUUUUGUAGUCUUGGAAGUCAGUUUGAUUAGGUUGAAUUAUUUUAUUUUUUUUUAUUUUUUUUAUUUCAACGUACUUUGGCUUUGAAAUAUAUGCAUUAUGUAAAAUUAAUCAUUAUGUGAGCCUCUCUAUCUGCUAAAGAAUUGUAAUGAAGAGAAUCCAAAAGUGGGGAGCGGGCAGGUUGGGGGAACAAGAAAACCACAUCGUAUUUGUUUUUCGUCAGAAGAUAAAGCUGGGAGCUGUGAAGAUAUUUUAAGCAGAUUUUGUCCGGGAAAGAUGGUGUGCAUUGUCUACAUGGAGCCCUUCUUUAAUGUGCUCUUCCUCCGGGUUGGUUCUCCUUAUCCUUCAAAAUAUAUUUUGAUAAAUAAGGUGUCUUUAGAGGGUAGCUUUUUUGUUUGGGUUGUCACCUUAGGAAAUAUGUUAACUACUGUUAAAUUUGAGAAAGAGAUACAUUGUAAUAACAUAUUGGUGUUCUAUGUGCAAGUAUGUUGGGACGUGUCUAAAA